UGUCCAGACGAAUUACUUGUUUCUAGUCCAAAUUCUCUCCGAUACUUAUCUCAGUGCAAACUGAAUCUCCAACUACUUAAUCAUCACACCACGAGGACACCAAAAUGUCGAGUCUCAACGUCUUCAAAAAGCCACUCAAGCUCUUCUCCACGCAACCCAUGACCGGCUUCUACCGCGACGGCUACUGCCGUACUGGCGCCAGUGACCAGGGCAACCACGCCGUAGCCGGCAUUGUGACUGAAGAGUUCCUAGACUACUCGGCCUCCCAGGAUAACGAUCUUCGCACUGUCGGAUUGACGGACGGCUGCAAGUGGUGUCUCUGCACGGCUCGAUGGCUCGAGGCUUUCAAUGCGUACAAGGCUGGGCGCAUCAGCCAGAAUGGCGUGCCCAAGGUCGACUUGGACGCGACCGAGGACAGUGUGUUGAGUAAGGUGGACUUGGGGACUUUUAAGAAAUUUGCUGUUACUUCCGGGUAGAGUCACGGGCAGCGAGGGUGUCUGGAAGUUGGAUUUGGGACGGAUUUCAUUGCAACGACUAAUACCAGAUUGAAGAGAGUG